AUGGCUUAUUACUGCAAGGAGAUGCAUCACAAGUCAGAGUUGAAGAAAUCGUAUUGGUUGCCCAAUCAAGGGACUGAAGAACGUUUCUGCAGCCCUGAUAAUGCCAUUGACAGAGAUCAAUGGAUAAGAUUUGUUACUCAUUUAGAUGAUGAGGAUACUAAGACCAAGGCUAUCAUAAAUGUAAGUAAUCGAUCGCAGCGGGUAAUGCAUCACAGUACAGGCACAAGGACUUUUCCAGCGGUUGUUUAUGAAUGGCAAGUUGAGAAUGGGGUUGAGGAAGAACCUGAUAGGUUGGAAAUCUUCAAGUUGACACACUGUAAGAAAGGAAAACAAAAUGAGUAUGUUGAUGUUGCAUCCACCAAAGCAGUGCAAGAUUUGGAGAAGGCUGAAGAGGAGAGAAAGAAGUUAAAUGUUGAUAUUACUCCACAAGUUAGAGAAGACAUCUAUGUAGAGGUUCUUGGGCCAAAGAAGCGUAACCGAGUGAGAGGACUUGGAGCGGGAGUACGGUGGCGUGAUGUUUCGUACAUUCAUAUCGAGAAAAGAAGUAUCUAA